AAGUGGACAUGGAAGAUCUGAGUAGAUGGUUGGCUCUCUUCAUGAUACCUGCUGGCCAGGCCACUCAGAAGGUUUCCCUACCUGGGGAGACAGCCUUCACACACCUGCACACACACUGCCUCCCGCUCCUGUGGGCUUUAAUGAAUGUAGCCCAAGGAGGACUUGGGAUCACAGUGUCACAGCACAGCUCCUGUCCUCCCCUAGGUUCCUGCCUGAAUACCAGCUUGCCACCUCCAACCCCAGCCCCCCAUCACUAUGCACUCCUUGGACGAGCCGCUUGACCUGAAGCUGAGCAUCACCAAGCUCCGGGCGGCGAGAGAAAAGCGGGAGAGGACGCUGAGUGUGGUCCGGCACCGAGCUCUGCACAGGGAGCUUGGCCUGGUGGACGAUAGCCCCACUCCAUGCUCCCCGGGCUCCCCGCCCUCAGGCUUCCUACUGAACCCCAAGUUCCCUGAGAAGGUGGAGGGACGCUUUUCAGCGGCCCCACUGGUAGACCUCAGCUUGUCACCAUCAUCGGGACUGGACUCCCCCAAUGGCAGCAGCUCGCUGUCCCCCGAGCGCCAAGGCAACGGUGACCUGCCCACAGUCCCUACUGCCCCGGAUUUCCAGCCGCUGCGCUACCUGGACAGUGUCCCCAGCUCCUUCCAGUUCUUCCUGCCUCUGGGCUCGGGGGGAGCCCUGCAUCUGCCUGCUUCCUCCUUCCUCACCCCCCCGAAGGACAAGUGCCUCUCGCCAGAGCUACCCCUGCCCAAGCAGCUGGUUUGUCGUUGGGCCAAGUGUAACCAGCUCUUCGAGCUCCUGCAAGACUUGGUGGAUCAUGUUAAUGAUUACCAUGUCAAGCCAGAGAAAGAUGCGGGGUACUGCUGCCACUGGGAAGGCUGCGCCCGUCACGGUCGAGGCUUCAAUGCCAGCAGGUACAAGAUGCUCAUCCAUAUCCGCACACACACCAAUGAGAAGCCGCACCGCUGCCCCACCUGUAGCAAGAGCUUCUCCCGCCUGGAGAACCUGAAAAUCCACAACCGGUCACAUACAGGUGAGAAACCCUACGUCUGCCCAUAUGAGGGCUGCAACAAGCGCUACUCCAACUCAAGUGACCGCUUCAAGCACACUCGAACCCACUACGUGGACAAGCCCUACUACUGCAAGAUGCCUGGCUGCCACAAGCGCUACACGGACCCCAGCUCGCUGCGCAAGCACAUCAAGGCCCAUGGCCACUUCGUGUCCCAUGAGCAGCAGGAGCUCCUACAACUGCGCCCACCCCCCAAACCACCACUGCCUGCCCCCGACGGCAGCCCCUAUGUCAGUGGGGCCCAGAUCAUUAUCCCCAACCCGGCUGCCCUCUUCGGAGGCCCUGGCCUGCCCGGCCUGCCCCUGCCUCUGGCCCCCGGCCCCCUUGACCUCAGUGCCCUGGCCUGUGGCAAUGGUGGGGGUGGGGGGAGUGGGGCGGGCAUGGGCCAUGAGCUGCCAGGCCCUGUCCUGCCCCUCAAUCUGGCCAAGAACCCACUGAUGCCCUCACCCUUUGGGGUUGGUGGACUGGGCCUGCCUGUGGUCUCCCUUCUGGCUGGCUCCACGGGUGGCAAGGCUGAGGGGGAGAAGGGGCGUGGGGCAGUGCCAGUCAGGGCCCUUGGCCUGGAGGGCCGCAAGACCCCCCUGGAGAGGACUGAGAGCGGCCGCUCCCGGCCCAGCCCGGAAGGACUCCCCCUGCUGCCAGGCACCGUGCUGGACCUGUCCACAGGCGUCAAUUCGGCGGCCAGCAGCCCAGAGGCCCUGGCCCCUGGCUGGGUGGUCAUCCCGCCUGGCUCAGUGCUGCUCAAACCAGCUGUGGUGAAUUGAACUCAUCCCAGGGACGACGACCCGAAGCUCCCGGCCCUGCCCCGACGAACGGAAACUUUUCUGCGAAAUAGCAAUAAUGUCCUGCCCCCAGGGCCUGGUUGGCUGUGUUCCCCUGGCAGCCCCAGCCCCAGCCCCAGACAAGCUGGGUGGCAAGGAUGGUGCUAGGUCAUUGCUGGUGUCCCAGGCUCCCAAAGGAGGAACUGCCUACUCGCCAGAGAGACCUGAGCCCCUGAGUGCUGAGGCCUUACUCACCUCUGGCCCUCAGUCUCCUGGCCCUGUCCUCCACCCUGGUGCCUCCCUCACCCAGUGGCCAACCUGGACAGGUCACCCUCCCUCCCUACCUUGUCACUUGCCGGCCACAUCCCAGCAGUGGGGGCAGGUGGGGUGGCAUCUGCCCCCUCUGCUGGCCCAGGGCUUCCGCACCCCUUCAUGUGGUAAGCUGUGACGAGGAGCCCUGGGAUUGAGGCCCCUGCCCAUCCUGCCUGAUUUCACCAGGCUCCCGCUCGGGGGCUCCUUGGACCCCUUUCCCUCUGGCCCACCCUCCAGAGGGAGAGAAGACAGACGCAGGCCCCUGCAAAGCCACAGGAAGAGCCACCUUAUCCUUAUGACAAGGUGCCUCCUGCUCAGAGAGGGAGGCCUGCUCGGCCCACUGCCCCUCAUCACCUACCGACCUAUCCGAAGCAGCCCUUCUCUGGUUUGGACGGUGCUCUCCGAAAUGAGGGAACAGCUGACCACUCAGCCACCUCUUUACCACUGGCCUCCCCCCUCUACCUUGUAGGGAGCCUUGGAGUAUGGGGAAGGGAGGUGCCAGGACCUCGGGCAGGCCUGGCUCAGGGAACAGGUGGGGUGGGCCUGGCCUGGGGCAGCGUCCCUCUUGCACUUGGGGCUGCAGACACCUGCAGGCUGGUAGGAGGCUGGAAGCUGGCUGGGGAUGACCCCAGGUUGGGACAGUUCUCAUUCUGGGGGUGCCAAGUCACAGCCAAGGGAGGGCUACAGGCCAGUGCUGGGCACAGGAGCUUUCCAGAGGCCAUGGACUGAGGCCUUGGGGGGAUGGUGAAGCAGUCAAGACUGCCUAUGGGAGGCCCAGCCCCUCCACCUGGGAGGGGGAAGUUGGUGGAAGCCUGGACUUAAGAUAGGCUGUUUCCUCUGGCUUCUUCCAUCUGAGCCUCUGUCCUAGACUUUUUUUUUUUUUAAAUCCCAGGGGCCAGAAUAAGCCAAGGAUGCUGGUGUUCCAGGUGCCCACUACCUGACCCUAGGGAAUGGGCUCUCCCACCAGGCCCUGGGGAUGCAGCAAGUGCUUUCCCCACCCUGAACCCUCACUGUGCCGAGGCACUGGUCUAGGCACAGGAGCUUUGGCUCCAGGCCUGCCCAGUCCUUGGCAUCAGUGAGCAACCCUUUCCUUUCCCUGAGAGAACAAGGGAGCUGCAGGACAGCAGUGGGGUCCGUAGUAGCCCUGCAGUUCCAGAGUCCCCCUACUGUUCCUCAGCAGCUCUGCUGACCCCUACCCUUUUCUGGACUGCCCUUCUGUCCUAGAGGGGUCACCCUGACCCAGCCCGCCCUAACAGGGCCUGGCAGUGCUGGCUCUGCCUCUCGAAGGGGCUGUGAGCAGAACAGGAAGGAGCUGGUCUCCUUCAGGCUUCAUCCAGGACCCAGGCAUCCCCAUCCCAUGAAGGGCCCCAGGCCCUUUAAGUCCCCAGUUGGGGGAUGAGGGGUUUGGGUUUGCAAUUGAAGCCCAGGGAGCAGAGGAACAGGGCACUGGAAGAUGACAUUAGCUCAGCAUGUGACUCAGUGAUAGACCAGGCUCAAGAGAGCUGGUAUAUGUGUUGUUGUUGGUUUGUUGUUGCACAUUCCAGGAUAUCAGUAUUUUAACAGGUUCUAAGUGCCUUUCUAUCGUAGCUUAUGUUUUUCCUCCUCUUGGCUCCACUGCUGUUAGCAUAGAGUAAAAAGAAAAAAAAAAAAGAUAAGCUAAUGACUAUAACAAUAUAUUCCUCCAUGUGAGAGGAAGUUUAUAAAGAAACAAUAAAAGUGAGUUGCAAAGAUG